UCAAACAUGGCAGAGCCUUCUUCAUCUUCCUCAAUCAAAAUCAAAUCGAGAACAAGUCCAUAUGUGGUGAUCUGCUGGAUCUUCGCGGCCAUGGGCGGCCUCAUGUUCGGGUACGACAUCGGCAUCUCCGGCGGAGUUUCGGCGAUGGACGACUUCCUCCUCAAGUUCUUCCCCAACGUGUACGCUAGAAAACUGAUCGCGCACGAAGAUAACUACUGCAAAUACGACGAUCAGAUGCUUCAGCUCUUCACGUCUUCGCUGUAUCUCGCCGCUCUCGUCUCCAGCUUCGGGGCCUCCAAGGCCUGCUCCGUUCUCGGCAGGAGGCCUACUAUCAGGCUCGCUUCCGUGUUCUUCGUCGUCGCUGCGCUUAUCAGUGGAUUGGCCCCCAAUAAGGCCGUCCUCAUCGUCGGGAGAAUCCUCUUCGGAGUUGGCGUCGGAUUCGGCAAUGAGUCUGUCCCCCUCUUCUUAUCCGAGGUGGCGCUGCCGCACCGGAGAGGAGCCGUGAACAUCAUGUUCCAGCUCUUCGUGACCAUCGGGAUCCUCAUCGCGAACCUAGUCAACUUCGCGGUGGCCAACAUCCACCCCUACGGGUGGAGGAUCGCCCUGGGACUUGCCGGAGUCCCAGGGCUCGCCCUCUUCAUCGGCUCGUUCGUGAUCAUGGAGACCCCCUCGAGCCUGAUCGAGCGCGGCCACGAAGCCGAGGGCAAGCAGUCCCUCCAGAAGGUCCGCGGCGUUGACGACGUGGAGCACGAGCUCGAGCAGAUCAAGCACGCCUCCGAGCAAGCGAAGAAGGUGAAGCAUCCCUUCAAGAAGCUGAUGAAGCGGCAGAGCAUCCCUCCCCUCACCAUCUCCAUCUGCGUCCAGAUCUUCCAGCAAUUCACCGGCAUCAACGCCAUCAUGUUCUACGCGCCCGUCCUCUUCCAAACCAUGGGGUUCAAGAACGACGGCGCGCUCCUCUCCGCCGUGAUCACCGGCGUGGUCAACGUGGUCAGCACCUUCGUCUCCAUCGUGGCGGUGGACAGGCUCGGGAGGAGGAAGCUCCUCCUCCAGGCCUGCGUGCAGAUGCUCAUCUGCCUGGUGGGGUCCGGGGUCAUCCUCGAGCUCCACCUCAAGAGCGUGGGGACGCUCGACAACAAGCUGGCGACGAUCGUGGUGGUGCUGGUGUGUUUGUUUGUGAUGUCGUUUGCGUGGUCGUGGGGGCCGAUGGGGUGGCUGAUCCCCAGCGAGGUGUUCCCCAUGGAGACGAGGACGGCCGGGUUUGCCUUUGCGGUGAGCACGAAUAUGCUGUUGACGUUUUUGAUAGCACAGGCGUUUUUGUCGAUGAUGUGCCAUAUGAGGGCGGGGAUCUUCUUCUUCUUCGCGGCGUGGGUGGUGGUGAUGGGGGUGUUUGUGUGGUUUCUGAUACCGGAGACGAAGGGCGUGGCCAUCGAUGAGAUGGAGGAGAGGGUGUGGAAGGUGCACCCGGUGUGGAAGAGGUUCAUGCCAAGGGAUGAUGGUAAGGGGGCUGAGUUGACCUAAUUAGGGUUCUAUUCUUCAAUUUUAGAUUCUUUAUUUUUAGUUGAUUUUAGUGGAAAUGGAAUGAUUUAAUACUAUUUGAUGGAUUAA